AAUGAAAUUGAUAGAUAGCAUAAUCUACCCACAUACGUCAACCCAAAGCAUCAGUAAAUUGCUCAAUGGCCUGAAGGCCAAUUCUAGCCUGUUUAUCUGUACUCUGUAUGUAAUGGUUUUUAUCUUGUUGAAAGGUCAUUGAAAAAAAGAGGAAGAAGGAGAAGAAUUGACAGUGAAUGUGCCCCACAGUGCCUAAAAUGUUUACUAUUUGGCUCUUUAUAAAGUUUGCCAACCCUGAAUCAAGUCUAGAAGGAAUAUAAAGGAAAAGAAACAUAGUUUGUUACAAAUCGAUAGAGAUUUGUACAUAUACAUGCUGAGGCCUGACCGAAAGUCAUGAAGUUGUCAGAUGCUUGCAUCUGUGCUUACAAUCAUUGUGAAUGGGACAGCUAGAAAUUCAGACUGAUAAAGCUCAAGUACUAUGAACAGUUUUCCUGCUCAUCAUGUGAUUUUCCAAAGCGGCAUAUGACUCUUGGUAAAUCUGAACAAUAAGCAGUGUAGUCUUUGCUUUUCACAUUAGUGCAUUCCUAGAAAAUUUCAUUUGUGCUGAAACUAUGCAAAAAACACAAAACAAUUGUACUUAUUUGACCAAUAGGGUGGGGUUCUUGACAGGUUCUUUUUACUCACAUGGAUGUUUGAGUGGGACAUUCCACACUUGGUAGGGACCUGGAACAAUUCUGCAUUGUAAAUUAUGUUCCAUUAAAUUCUGAUAGCCACCACCUGUCAGCAUAUCCAAAACUCCCCAUGGGGACAAUGGCACUGUCUGCCAUUCAGAAUGACUAUGUAAAGCCUCUUUUCAGAAGUGCCAUGACUGAGAGAGUGCAAUAUCUUUGGGAAAAGGGAGCAGGAGCUUCCAGAUGGGCAUCAGGGAUACUCCAAUCUUGUCUAUGGGGGUUCUCUGCAGGAGCUGUUAGCUUCAGGGCUCCUGAACAGGAGUCUUCUGAAGUUUUCUGUCUCCCUAGGGUACUUGGGUUGGUGGUUGCCCUUCCUUUCUCUGUCUCCUUGGUUUUGUUUACUAUAUAAGAUUUUAUCUUCAUGUGGUCUAGACAUUUGCUGCUGAAUACAGUCACUACUAGUCAUGUACAGCUCUUGAGCCCUUGAAAUAUGGCCAAUGCAAAUUGAGAUCUGCUGUAAGUAUGAAAUACACACCACAUGCAGAAGACUUGGUAUGAAAAAAGUUGAUAUGCAUGACAUGCUCUUGGAAGAACUGGCACCAGUGGGAACAGCACACAUACCACCAACCAUGCACCUAGAGUCACCUGCACUCCAGGUAAUGGGACCUGCCCAGGAGGCCCCAGUAGCAGAGGCGUGGAUCCCACAGGCAGGGCCACAGGAGCUGAACUAUGGUGCUACUGGAGAAUGUCAGCCCUUUCUGGACCCUGGAUAUCCAUUACCAAAACUUGACAUGAACUUCUCAUUGGAGAAUAGAGAAGAGCCAUGGGUGAAGGAAUUACAGGAUUCUAAAGAAAUGAAACAAUUACUUGAUUCCAAGAUAGGUUUUGAGAUCGGGAUAGAAAAUGAAGAAGAUACUUCAAAACAGAAAAAAAUGGAGACUAUGUAUCCAUUUAUUGUAACUUUAGAGGGGAAUGCUCUCCAGGGUCCCAUUUUGCAAAAAGACUAUGUACAGUUAGAAAAUCAAUGGGAAACCCCCCCAGAGGAUUUACAGACAGAUUUAGCAAAACUGGUAGAUCAGCAGAACCCCACUCUGGGAGAGACACCUGAGAACUCCAACUUGGAAGAACCUCUCAACCCCAAACCCCAUAAGAAAAAGAGUCCAGGAGAGAAACCUCACCGAUGUCCUCAGUGUGGAAAAUGUUUUGCUCGGAAGUCACAACUUACUGGGCAUCAGAGAAUUCAUUCAGGAGAAGAACCUCACAAAUGCCCUGAAUGUGGGAAAAGAUUCCUUCGUAGUUCAGACCUUUAUAGACACCAACGACUUCAUACAGGGGAGAGACCCUAUGAAUGCACUGUAUGUAAAAAGCGAUUCACUCGGCGGUCACAUCUUAUAGGGCACCAGAGAACCCAUUCUGAAGAAGAAACAUAUAAAUGUCUUGAGUGUGGGAAAAGUUUUUGUCAUGGAUCAAGUCUUAAAAGACAUCUGAAAACUCAUACAGGUGAAAAACCUCAUAGAUGUCAUAAUUGUGGGAAAAGUUUUAGUCGACUGACAGCUCUUACUUUGCACCAGAGAACGCAUACUGAAGAGAGACCUUUUAAGUGUAAUUAUUGUGGGAAAAGUUUUAGACAGAGACCAAGCCUCGUUAUUCAUUUGAGAAUCCACACAGGGGAGAAGCCAUACAAGUGUACUCAUUGUUCUAAAAGCUUCAGACAGAGAGCUGGCCUUAUUAUGCACCAGGUCACUCACUUUAGAGGACUUAUUUAAGAAUCGCUGAAACAGGUCCUACACAAAUUGACACUAACUCAAAAAAAAUCUUAACCUGCAGCAGGCUGUUUGUCUUGGAAGCUUUUGUUUGAGCUUAUAAGAUAGACAGCUAUUUUUUUUUUUUUUUGCUAGUUUUAAAACCCAUCUUCCAAGCUAUAUGAAUUUUAGAGUAUUUAUCUAUUCUUGUGAUUUUCUUAGAUUUGAUUUCUUCUGUCUGCACAACUCUUCUUUUUUUAAUUACAAUGAAAAAUUUUGUGUUCCAAGGCAACUGUAUCAUAGGUGUAAACAUAAAGCAUAUAAAUUAUGACAAUCCUUUUAGAGGUAGGGUCAAUAUAGUGGAUAAACAUGUCUAUCAGAUGUAUUGAUUAUAGCAGUACUAUAGUUAUUCUGCUGUCAUUAUUAAAGAUGAUUAUAUUCAUUCAAAGCUUUAGAUGUGUCCCAUGUGGCAAGAAAGGAGACAGUGAAUUUUGUCAAACAAUAAAAAUGUGUCAGGAACACAAGGAUGAAGGGGAUGUCAUUUGCCUGGUAAGAACUGGGUUAUUUCUACUGAAAUUUUUUAUGUUUAAAGAAAUUAAGAUUUUAACCUUUACUUUUGAAUUUUGCAAAGUUUGCUAGUCUGCUUAGUCAGCAGUCUGUGGUAAUGCUGCUAAAAGCAGAGUAUUAAUCUGGUAAUUUAUUUUGUUCACAGAAUAAGUAAGCUCUAUGUCUGGAAGAAUCCAUUUGGCAAUUGAAAUUAUACAAGCAGGAUCUAAUUUAAUUUUGAUUGACUGAAGAACCAGGGUCUUUUGCUCUCCUUUGGUAUUUCACUCUCCUUUGGUAUUCAAUCAUGUGUCUUUCAGUGCUUUUUAAAAUUUUACCCAUUCUUUAAUUUAGUGUCUCCAUAUGUGUGUGUCAUGGAAUACUUAGUUCUGCUAGAUAUUCUGCAAAUAUAUUUGGGAAUUGCUUCCUGCUGUUUCGCCUUUUUAGAUUCAUAGUGCACAUCAGCAUGUGAGAAUCUCUGAGAGGUCUUCUAGAAAGGAGAGAAAAAGCACCUCUUUUGGCUCAAUGUUUUCCAAACUUAUUUGACCCCAAAACCUUUUUCAUAUACCCAAUAAUAAGCUACAGAAAUAAUAAUCUGCAAAUGUCUCUUGGAACACACUGCCUUAAACAGAUAUUUCUAUAGCUAUCAGUAUAGUUAAGUUGCUCCCAAGCCUAGUUAUCUCCAGUUGUUUUAAGGGUGUUAUGAAAAAUUCUUAAAAUAUAUAUGAAUUUGUAUAACACACACAGAGACACACACACACAUAUACAUACAUACUACUUUAAGGGGGUGAGGGUCACUAAUUCAGAUAAUUUUUAAGUUGCCUAGUGAUUCUCAAUCUCUUUGAAUUUUACUUAUAUUUACACACACACACACACACGUAUAUACACAUAUCAUUUUAAGAAGGUGAGGAUCACUAAUUCAGAUAAUUUAUAAGUUGCCCAGUGAUUCUCAACCUCUUUGAAUUUUACUUAUAAUUACAUACACACACACACACACACGCACGCACACACGUUGCUACUUAUAUAAAUGUUCUCAUGUAAUCAUGGUAACAGCUCAAAUUCCCAAAGCAAGGGAAGACUUCUCACUGUCAGUUAAACCUGUUAAAACAUGAAAAUAUUCAUUGAGCCUCGUUCCUUGUUAUAAAAUACAAGAAAUAGGACAUUCAAGCAUUUUCCCUUUAUGAAGAUACUCAGUCAUUCUUUCCUUAAACUACAAUUAGGGAAAGUAUAUCUCUUCUAUUCCUUUGAAGUUCUCGAAAGUGAUGUAAGUACUUUGGGGGUAUCUACUAUGUGCCUAACUAGUCCUAGUCCUGUUCUAGGCUUAGUGGAAGCUAGUAAAGAAAUGUAAUUCAUGGAUCAGGCUCAUAAAGAUUUAUAAUAUUUUUAGUUAAACUAGAGUUGGGAAACAGGUGGAGAAAAAUGCAAGAGAGUUUGUAAUUAAGUGCCAAUUAUACCAAUUGCUAGACCUAGGAUGUAUCUUUAAUUCUUGUCAUCCAGGUCCUUGUGUGAUGCUGCUAUAAGUCUGGGGCUCAAACUGAUAUCCCAGUAGCAAUAAACGUAUAAUAUGGGAGGAGUCCGAAUGUAGAGAUGAAAAAUACAGAAUGUAAUGGCUUCUCUUUUCUCUCUUGUGGAAUUGCAUUCAAACCAGAACAGUGCCUUAGAAUGAAUGUGCCCAACUGCUCUGUAUUUAUGCAAUAUUUUAAUAAAGCAGAAAUGUAUGUGCUCUUCCUGCUUCACUUGCACUAAUUAAUUUUUUGAACAACUUAGAGCUUCUUCCCUGAACAGUGGCAACAAGCAUGGCAAUUGACUCCUGUCCUCAUCCCAAGUUGGAAUUGCUUUUCUCUCUGCAACCAUGGCACUGUGAUUAUGCAUCAUUUUUAGCAUUUAAUACAGUCCAUUUUUGGCGAGUAGGGUUAGUUGCAAUCAUAAUAUGAGUUGUAUCCUCCCUCUCAUUUAUAUCAAGUAUACUUGACUAGAUUUUUACAAGUUAGAGAAUGUCUAAUAUUCUUUUUUACAGUGCCCUAUAUAUAAGAAUUAAUACAUAUUUGUGGCAUUGAAUCAAGAAACAUGUGAAAUAGUUCUUGGAAACAGAUAACAUAUUUAGAACAUUGCAUGGAUAAUUAUACUUCUAUGCCUAAUUGUACUUCUGAGCAUU